GGAUCCACUUUACUUCGAUCUUGAGGAAUCAUAGGAAACUUCAUCGUACAUGCUUGAAGAAAUGAAAAUUUGAAAAGAAAAUGACGAUGAGGAAAAGGAUACAACUGUCAUGAACUUCACCUUCAUCUUCUCCCCCAUCAAACCCUUCUCCCAAUUCCCAUUCAGUCAACUCCGUACUCCCAUCUCAGUCCUCCUCCUCGUCUAAGCAGCUACUUGGCGCUCUUUCUCUCUCUCCCUGCGCAUCAGAAUCCAGUCAAUAAUGGACGGCGGCGGCCUGGCCGAGGCGGAGUACUCGAAGGCGAAGACGUCGGUGUGGUGGGACAUCGAGAACUGUCAGGUCCGCAGAGGGUGCGAUGCUCACGCGAUUGCCCAGAACAUAAGCUCCGCCCUCGUCAAGCUCAAUUACAAAGGCCCGGUAUCCAUCUCUGCCUAUGGAGACACCACCGGUAUUCGUUCCUCUGUCCAGCAAGCUCUCUCUAGUACCGGAAUCGCCCUUAAUCACGUCCCUGCAGGUGUUAAAGAUGCAAGCGACAAGAAGAUUCUGGUGGACAUGUUAUUGUGGGCCGUGGACAAUCCGGCACCUGCUAACUAUUUGUUGAUUUCCGGAGACCGUGACUUCUCCAAUGCACUUCAUCAGUUGCGCAUGAGACGAUAUAACAUCCUUCUAGCACAGCCACAGAAAGCAUCUGCACCGUUAAUCGCAGCCGCAAAGAGCGUAUGGCUCUGGACCAGUCUCUCGGCUGGGGGAUCCCCCCUGUCGAGUUCUGAAUUGCAGCACCUUGGUGGCACCAGUCAUAUUUCUAGCUCUGAGACAUUACAGGUUCCUGUUUCUAGUGUAUCCCAAACACAUCGCUCGGGGGAUUUCGUCGCUGAAAGCCCCAAUUUUCAUUCGGGAAAUCAGAACUUCAAUCCUGGGAGGGGCAUUGACCCUAGCAUGCCUAGUCCUCCUGCCGUUAAACCCAUGGGCCCACCUCCACCAGUUGGGAUUCCUGGAGAUCAAAACAGUUUGAACUCAUAUCAAGAAGGUCCAUAUAUUGGCGGUGUUCCCUCUUGUGGACCACCUAAUGCUGCUAAUUUUGAUCCUUUUUGGAACAACGGUAACAUUCAAGGCAACUAUCAGACUCAUCAUGCACAGCCAGUAUGGCCCAAUAACUUUGCUGCGCAACCUCCGAUUAAUCAGGGGAACAUGUGUCCACCGAACAGUCACUUCGGUGCCUCUCCUCUAGUGCCACCUAGGCCCGAUGGAGCCAACUUUUCUCGAGGACCCCCUGACAUUAGCAUGUUGAACGUCGGUGCUCAUGCUAGCAGAGUUCAAAGCCCUCCCAACUUCGAGCAGCAAAGUUCAAACCCAAAGCAGACAUCUGCUAGUGAAUCCACGAAGGGCAAGAACAGAGGUAAAGGUGUAAAAGAUGGAAGUAAGAACCACAACAUACCGCAGAGGAAACAUGAUGGAUCAAGCAAAAAGAACCAUCCUACUUCCUCUGGCGUUGAUACUUCCGAUGUCCCUCCUAAUGGCACUUCGGGUACACCAGGACACCAGAAACCUUCUGAGUAUGUCCAUGGUCUUCGUGGAGUUAAGCGUGCCUUGAAGACCCUAAAGAAGGAGAAAGUUAUGCCAACUAAAGAAAAUAUAGUUGGUUGUCUUCGGUGUGGAGAUUCUAAACAUCAGAAGACUGACGUAAGAAAGGCCCUAUAUAGUGCCAUCCAGCAGGAAAUGAUAGUGAAGCAUGACGUGGGUAGUUCCGUGCAGUUGUACGUCCGUAAAAAUAAGAAGUUGUGGACGUAUGUAAACCCUCUUGGAGGCGAGCCAAAUAAUUAUUCCAAGGAAACAUGGGCGGAGAUACAAAGGUUCUUAGGAUCCUCCGAAGGACAAUCUGCAAUGCUGUCUUCUCCGUCCAGGUAUGAAGCAGGUCUGGUUAUGAAGCAAAUGUGCUUGAAGGAUCAUCUUCUGGGUGAUAUACUCCGGAUUCUAAACCUGUUAAUCACCGCAAAGAAAUGGAUAGCACAUCAUCCAUCAGGAUGGCAACCAAUUAAAAUUACUGUUGGAGGUGGGCGGUGACCGCCAUUAAGGCUCCACCAAUUGAAAAAGUUAACCAAUUGAAAAAGUUAACAUCACGUUAAUAUUGAUAUCAAAUUAAUAUUUAUGUAUUUAUUGAUUAAGAAAAGAAUCAUGUUAAAAUUGAUAAGGUAUAUGAAAAUUUUUUAAUUUUUAAUUUUGA